AAUUUUGAAAAAAUUUGCUCAAAUUGAGCACAACAACAUCAGACAGCUGAUUGAGUGCCGUUUCGCGACGGGGUGGCAACUCUAAUGCAUGCAAUUUCAAGCAAACAGCUUCAAGUUACGUAUUCAAACCGGCGGCCACUAAACGAAAAAAGUGGCUGGAAAUUAUGUUCAAGGGCCUGCGACAUGUCAGAAAUGUGCUACAACGUGGACAAUACAAUCUGGCCCGCUGUCACGCUUACGUGACGCACAUGAGCAAUGUGGAUGCUAGCAACAUUAGCGGCGCCGCCGCCUCGGCCGCAGGUGCUGCCCAUAAACGAGUCUACACAGUGCCUGCACUGCAUCCACUAAGUCGACGGCAGGUGCAAUUACUGCAGGCUGAAUACAAGGCGAUUGUUGGCGUCAUAGCGCGUUCGCUGCAGUUGACACCACGCGAAGUGCAGAAGUUGCAUACGCGCUACCUUUGCUCCAGAAAGCAUGACAGCGACAAGGAUGGCAGAAAGGAGAGCACCUCAAGUAAACCAGCAAAUCCAGACAAACCAACGACAGCGCGCAGCGAAAGUCACGAUACGUCGUCAGACAGCAAACCAGAUCCAACGAGCUCUGGCUCUAGUCCCACCUCUGGCGACGAAACACCCAAUUCAAACAAUAACAAAAACAAUGAGAACGAUGAAAAGAUGCGUUCGGUGCUAACCAAGGCGGUGCUCUGGCUGUUUACCAUUUACAUGUUUGUGGCCUUCAUAUCGCUGCUGAUAACUCCGCGCACCGAGCGACCCGAGGGAUCCACGCGUUAUGUGUCGUGGAACGAGUUUGUGCACCACAUGCUGGCCGUGGGCGAGGUCAAGGAGCUGAUCAUACGGCCGGAUAUGGAAAUGGUCACGAUUAUAUUGCACGAUGGCGCCGUCAUCAAGGGACGUAAGGUUACCUCCACAAUAUUCCACAUGGCCGUAGCCGAUGCCAACAAAUUUGAGGAGAAACUGCGACAGGUGGAAAAGCGUUUGGGCAUUCUCGAUGGCGUGCCCGUCACGUAUGAUCGCCAAACAGACACCACGGGCCGCAUCUUAAUGCUGUUGCUCUUCUGUGCGCUGCUCAUGUCCAUUGCCACGCGCAUGAAGAGCAUGAAGAGUCCGCUCAGCAUGGAUUCCUUUAACCAAAUGGGCAGAGCCAAGUUUACGCUCGUGGAUCCGUUCGAUGGCGGACGCGGUGUGCUCUUUCGGGAUGUCGCUGGCCUAAGCGAGGCCAAGCAGGAGGUAAAGGAAUUUGUCGACUACCUCAAGCAACCGGAGAAGUAUCAGCGUCUGGGUGCCAAAGUGCCACGUGGCGCGCUACUGCUGGGACCACCUGGUUGUGGCAAAACUCUGCUGGCAAAGGCAGUUGCCACCGAGGCGCAGGUGCCGUUUCUCAGCAUGAAUGGCUCAGAGUUUAUCGAAAUGAUUGGUGGCCUGGGCGCGGCACGUGUGCGUGAUCUUUUUAAAGAGGGCAAGAAGCGUGCUCCUUGUAUUAUCUACAUAGACGAAAUCGAUGCCAUUGGACGGCAGCGUUCGGGCACAGAGAGCAUGGGCCAAGGCAGCUCUGGCGAAUCGGAGCAGACGCUCAACCAACUGCUAGUCGAAAUGGAUGGCAUGGCCACCAAGGCGGGCGUGCUCAUGCUGGCUAGCACAAAUCGCGCUGACAUAUUGGACAAAGCGCUGCUGCGUCCCGGUCGCUUUGAUCGUCACAUACUUAUUGAUCUGCCAACGCUGGAGGAGCGUCGCCAGAUUUUUGAAAAGCAUUUGUCGUCGGUUAAGCUGGCGGAGGAUCCGGGCACGUAUUCUCAGCGUUUGGCACGCCUGACACCCGGCUUCUCCGGCGCUGACAUUGCCAAUGUGUGCAAUGAGGCCGCGCUGCAUGCGGCACGCAACGUACAAACCGAGGUCACCAGCAAGAAUCUGGAGUAUGCUGUGGAGCGCCUGGUGGGCGGCACAGAGAAGCGUUCGCAUGCGCUCUCGCUGGCCGAGCGCAAGGUUAUCGCCUAUCACGAGUCGGGACACGCACUUGUGGGCUGGAUGCUGCCCAACUCGGAUAUACUGCUCAAGGUGACGAUUGUGCCGCGCACCAGUCUGGCCUUAGGCUUUGCCCAGUAUACGCCCAGUGAGCAGCAUCUGUAUACCAAAGAGGAGCUCUUCGACAAGAUGUGCAUGGCGCUGGGCGGACGCGCCGCCGAGAACCUUAUCUUCAAACGUAUUACAACGGGCGCACAGAACGAUCUGGAGAAAGUCACCAAGAUAGCCUACUCGCAGAUCAAGAAGUUCGGCAUGAACAAGACAUUGGGUCCCAUCUAUGUGCGCGAUGCGGACGAGGUGGGCGGCGGCCCCGGCGCCCAGAAGCCCUUCUCGCGUGCCAUGGAAACCAUCAUUGAUCAUGAGGCACGCAAUGUGGUCUCGAAGGCUUACCAAACCACAGAGGAUAUACUCAUCAAGCAUCGCGACAAACUGGAGAAGUUGGCUGAGGCGCUGCUGGAGAAGGAAACGCUGGACUAUGAUGAGGUUGUUAGCAUAAUUGGACCACCGCCUUUUGAUCCCGCAAAGCGGCAAGUGGAAGCUGUGGAGUUUGAGCAGUCGCUGAAGAACCUAAGCACAGAUGUACCCAAGGCAUUAUAGACGCUAAUCCCCAACACUCUCUCCUCGCACACACAUACACACACACACACAGAGAGACACAAUCAGACUCGCUUGCACUUUUCCACAGCCGGUUCCAUGUUCGAUGAAUGUAAAUAAAGUUGUUUACCUUUUUAAAUUGA